CGGUAACGAGCGGAUGUUGUUUUUUUUUUUUUUGUAUUAUAUUCGUAUCUUGUGAGACUAUGUACUAGACGUAGUGGAUGAAAACCAGUUUUAUUAAACAUAUUAUUGGACAAAACAAAUUGGUGAUUGCAGUGGAAAUAAAGAUGAUAUUCCUAAUUUGGAUCUUAGCCAUUUCAAUAGCAGCACUGUUGUACUGUCGCCAGACGUACGCCAGAUUUGCAAAAUAUGGCGUCAAGCAUCUACCGCCAGUACCCCUCUUUGGAGACAUGGCCAAAGUUUUCUUUCGCAUGGAACAUUUCUUAGACAAUGCUGAGCGGAUCUAUAAUAGCUUUCCUGGAGAAAGAUUUGUAGGUCACAUGGAGUUUAUAAGGCCCAUAGUUUUCAUCCGGGACGUAGACCUGGUGAAAAGAGUCACUGUGAAGGACUUCGAACACUUUCUCGACCACGCCUUCGUAGUGGAUAAAAGCGUUGACCCUAUGUUCGGAAGGAACUUACUGUCUUUAAAAGGUCAGGAAUGGAAAGAUAUGCGGUCCACAUUGAGCCCUGCCUUUACUAGCUCCAAAAUAAAACUCAUGGUGCCACUAAUGGAAGAAGCUGGGGAAAAUAUGAACAAGAGACUGAAGAGAGAAAUACUGGAGUCAGGAAAAAACUACGCUGACGUUGAUAUCAAAGAUGUGUGCAACCGCUACGCCAAUGAUGUAAUUGCUUCCUGUGCUUUUGGACUGAGGGUGGAUUCUCAAAAUAACGAAACAGAAUUCUACAAGAUGGGCAAAGUUGCUUCACAGUUCACCUUCGUUCGAACGCUAAAGUUCUUGGCUUUUCAGUGCAUUCCCGGUAUUAUGAAGUUCUUCAAACUUACAUUCUUCACGAGAGCAUCACAGAACUUCUUCAGACAAAUACUUACUCAGACUAUGAGGGAUCGGGAAACGCACAAUAUUAUAAGGCCGGAUAUGGUCCAUCUAUUAAUGGAGGCUAAAAAAGGUAACCUUAAGCACGAAGAAGAUAAUACGGUUAAUGAUGCUGGGUUUGCUACUGUGGAAGAAUCUAAUGUGGGAAAAGCAGUUACUAAAACUGUAUGGACUGAAGACGACCUGAUCGCUCAAGCAGUAAUUUUCUUCGUAGCUGGCUUCGAGGGCGUUGCUCAAGCAAUGGCGUUCCUAGUCUAUGAGCUGGCUCUUAAUCCGGAAGUCCAAGAUAAACUGGCAAGGGAGGUCAAGGAAAAUGAUGAGAAAAAUUGCGGAAAGUUUAAUUACACGUCUAUUAAGGAGAUGACAUAUUUGGAUAUGGUUGUAACAGAACUUUUAAGAAUGUGGACUCCGGGUGGGACUUUGGAGCGGAUAUGUACAAAAGACUAUAACCUUGGUAGGCCGAGUGAUUCAGCCACAGAAGAUUAUAUAAUUCGCAAAGGAGAAGGCGUAAAGAUUCCAGUGAGUGCGAUUCACCAUGACCCUCAGUACUUUUCUGAGCCCCACAAGUUCGACCCGGAGCGUUUUUCACCCGAGAACCGCCACAAGAUUCAUCCCUUCUCUUACAACCCUUUUGGAUGUGGCCCGAGAAAUUGCAUUGCUUCCAGAUUCGCUCUCUGCGAGAUAAAAGUGCUAAUCUACCAGCUCAUCAGGCAGGUUGAGGUUUCGCCUUGCAAGAAGACGGCCGUGCCAAUAAAGCUAGACACCUGUUCCUUCAACUUGAUCAUCAAGGGAGGGCAUUGGAUAAAGGUGAAGGCCAGGGAGUGAAAUUUCUGAGAAAACAAAGGAGAUGCCUGACUGUGUAAAUAUCACCGGAACUCUGUCUUUGCAUCUAUUGCUCCUGAUUUGCUUCUAAGAUGAUUUUAAUUUUUCGAGGUAUGAUGUCAGUUAGGUAUUAGUUUUUUUUUUUUUUAAUAAGAUCUUUUUUGUGCUGUGA